AUGGAGCCCGGGGACUGCGGAGAGGAUGAAAUGACGAAGGCUAUGGAGUCUGCGAAGGUCGGUGUUUUCAUACUUUCUCCCGAGUUUGCAGCUCGAAAAUGGACAAUGAGGGAACUGCGGUGCUUCCUGCGCCGACGAAAAGAAGCGAUAAGCAGUGGGAUGCGGCCACCGACAUUGAUUCCGGUUUUUUACAGAUUAAGUAUUCGGGAAUGCAGAGAGCUGGAGCCCGAUCGGUACCGGGAUGAUGAAGGAAGGAAUAUUUUUGAAGUUGAGAAGUUUUUCAGCGAGGAACGACAGCACGAAGCGAGCACGGAUACGGUGAAGGGGGAGCUAAAAGAGCUGGCAGGUAUUACUGGGAUUGAAAAUGACGGCGGGGCAACAAACCUGCCGGAAGAUGAAUUCGCCCAUCCUGCAAGGGAACAUCUUGUGAAACGAGUGUUUCUGUGGGUGAAAAAGAAAAGUGAGGAGGACUCAAGUGAUGAGCAAGAAGCCGACCACCUUCACGAUCUUAUUCCACGAGCAAGCACGAGCAUCGAUACUCACGUGGCGGUCAAGCAAGGAGCGGACCGCUGUAUUCAACAAGUAAGCGCGGCCGUCGAGUCGACCAGGGGAGGCACGGGAGAUACCUUCAGGGCGUCGAUAAGAGCCGAACAUAAUCCUGCGUCGAUAUGUGUGAAGCUUGAUUCUCGGGGGAGCGAUGGAUUACCAAACACGUGUGAGUCGCGUCUAAAAGCGGCUGUGCUCCGAAGAGAUAGGAACAAGCAAGUGGGUGCGACAGCAGUGGGACAGGGCGGAGUCGGGAAGACAUGUGCCCUGCGGGCGAUCGCGCAUGACGAUAAGAUUAUGGAAGAGUUUUCGGGAGGAGUGUACUUCAUGUCGUUGGGGAAAGACGGAAACGUGGGACGGCUGAUUGAAGAACUGUGUCUGAUUGUGGAAGCGUCUGGUGGCAAGCAGACGGCUGCGGAAAUGCGGGAGCAGAGCGAGUUUGGAAGGGUGUUAACGAAGGUACAAGCGUGGUUUUGCAGGCAUGUGUGUCUGUUCAUCAUUGAUGAUGUGUGGGUGGUGAAUGAUAUAGACGCGAACAUCCUUCAAAAGUUGUCUGUUCUGGCUGAGACUGCGGGGGGCAGCGGGGGAAGGAGGAGCAGACUCCUGUACUCUACGAGGGAUAGGGAGCUGCGUCAGAUUGGAGAGCGGGUUGCUUUCGAGCCGAGGGAGAAUGUAGGGAAAGAAGCAGUUGAGAUGCUUGUGCACGCGAGUGAGGCGAAUCGAGAGGAAGUGGAUAAUGCGAGAUGCAAGGAGGCCGUGCGUGAAAUACUGGAAAUGUGUGGGGGAUUGCCGCUUGCCCUAAACGUAGCCGGAACGAGUGUGAGGUACAUGAGGGAAAGAUGGGAGGGAGAAGUGUCAGAAGCAUGGGGGGCGUACCUUUCGAGGAUGAAGAGGCGUAACACGAUUCGCGGUGAGAGUCCGAAGGACGGAUAUUUGUCGUUGGAUGGGACAUUGCACACGUCACUAGAUAUCCUGGAGUCGGCGGAUGUGGGAAGCAGUGGGGAGACGGUUGGUGAUUUUUCGUUUCGAAAGAUGCACCGGAGUCUGUGUGUUAUGAAGAAGCAAGACUGGAUACCUUUGUGUUUGGUUGGAGAUUUGUGGGAGAUGGAGGAGUGGACGGAAAGGUGUGCAAAGGAGAUGGAAAGGGUUAGAUUAGUAGAAUUGCAGUAUAAGAAGGGUUGUGGUGGGUUGCGGGUGCAUGAUCUGACGCACGAUUUCGCGGUGCAAGAAGCGAAGAAGAAGGAGGGUGUAGAAGAGUGGUAUAAGAAGAUGGGGGAUAUAUGCAGUGCAGGAGGAGGGUUGCUUGCAAUGAGUGAGGGCCGAGAUGGAGAGGGCAAGAGCGGACGGGAGGAGUAUGUUUUCGAGAACAUAUAUCGUGUUCUGAGACAGGGUGGGUGUGUAGAGGAGCUGAAGAGAUUAUUUUUGAGUGCGCGAUGGGUGAAGACAGUGGUACAGAGAGGCGGGGUUUGGCAAUACGAGGAAGCUGUGAAGGGGUUGAGUAGAGAUUUGAAGCGGAAAAGAGGAAGUGGGCAGGAGGUGGGAAGGGUAGGGGUAAAUGAGGAUGCAGUGGAUGGGAUGUUUUUGAUGAUGUCGAAGAGACUAUUUUUGAGUGCGCGAUGGGUGAAGACAGUGCUACAGAGAGGCGGGCUUUGGCCAUACGAGGAAGCCGUGAAGGGAUUGAGUAGAGAUGAGGAUACAGUGGAUGGGAUGGUUUUGAUGAUGCGGGCUGCGCGACUGAGUGUACCGUUUUGUGGUGAAAGUAGUGCCGGGAUUUACUUUCAACUAUAUGGGCGAGUGAAGCACAAGGCACGGGAAUCAGGUUGUGUGCGAAAGAUCCUGGAAGAAAUCGAGAAAUACGCACCACGGCCGUGGGUGCGGCCUGUGAGUGAGUGUGUAGCGCGAGCCGAUGGAAGGUUGGUGGAGCAGAUUGUUCUGCCGUAUGAUAGUACAGGAGAAAUUGAAGUCGGCAUAGAUUCCAGGGGUGCAGUGUUUGGAUGUCAGGUGGAGGAGUCCGGGGGAGAAGUAACAGUUUGCACGCAAUCUGCUGAGAAGGAGACGAAGAUGGUUCGAUUAGAGCUUGGAGCAAGCAGGCGCGAAAGGGGUUUGCAGGAAAAUUUUGGGAUGCGCAUUGGAAUUGUAACCCCCGAAGAGACUGGAGAAAACCCGAGCGUGACGAGCGCUACCUGCGCAACAUUCUGUGAGAGGAAGGGGUAUGUUGUUGUGGGAUAUGAAGACGGGACGUUAAGGGUGUGGAGUACAUCGGAGAGGAAAGUAUUGAGAAGUUUCCGCGGUCGUAGGUCGAAAGUGCAUUGCGUUGCGAUGAGUAGGGACGGAAGACGUGUGGUAUCUGGAUCGGGGGACAUGAGCGUGCGGGUGUGGGACGUGGAGACGGGAGAACAAGUCGGGGAGGUAUUAGUUGGACACACGGAUGUGGUGUUGAGCGUUGCGAUGAGUGGGGACGGAAGACGUGUGGUAUCUGGAUCGUUUGACAAGAGCGUGCGGGUGUGGAACGUGGAGACGGGAGCACAAGUCGGGGAGGCGUUAGUUGGACACAUGGGUUGGGUGCUUAGCGUUGCGAUGAGUGGGGACGGAAGACGUGUGGUAUCUGGAUCCCGGGACAAGAGCGUGCGGGUGUGGGACGUGGAGACGGGAGCACAAGUCGGGGAGGCGUUAGUUGGACACACCGGUUGGGUGCUUAGCGUUGCGAUGAGUCGGGACGGAAGACGUGUGGUAUCUGGAUCCCGGGACAAGGGCGUGCGGGUGUGGGACGUGGAGACGGGAGCACAAGUCGGGGAGGCGUUAGUUGGACACACGGGUUGGGUGUGGAGCGUUGCGAUGAGUCGGGACGGAAGACGUGUGGUAUCCGGAUCCAAGGACAAGAGCGUGCGGGUGUGGGACGUGGAGACGGGAGCACAAGUCGGGGAGGCGUUAGUUGGACACACCGGUUGGGUGUGGAGCGUUGCGAUGAGUGGGGACGGAAGACGUGUGGUAUCUGGAUCCCGGGACAGGAGCGUGCGGGUGUGGGACGUGGAGACGGGAGCACAAGUCGGGGAGGCGUUAGUUGGACACACCGGUUGGGUGUGGAGCGUUGCGAUGAGUGGGGACGGAAGACGUGUGGUAUCUGGAUCCCGGGACAAGAGCGUACGGGUGUGGGACGUGGAGACGGGAGCACAAGUCGGGGAGGCGUUAGUUGGACACACGGGUUCGGUGUGGAGCGUUGCGAUGAGUGGGGACGGAAGACGUGUGGUAUCUGGAUCCCGGGACAAGAGCGUGCGGGUGUGGGACGUGGAGAGAGGGAUUACACUUCAUACCGGGAGGGAAGAAGAUUGGGAUGAAAUCACGAGUCGGUUCCUGAAGACGGCAGACUUGAGUACUGCUUCUCGUGCAAGACGAACAUCACAAAUAUUUGCAAGGGACGGAGGAAUUGUGCAAAGGCGAGAGGAUGGGUCUGAGGCUGUCUUGGCCCAGUUGGACAAUGCAAGAGACUUGCAGAUAGACCACGAUCACGAGGUCGCAGUUGCAAGGAUGGGCCAUCUGGUUGCUAUCAUGAAGCUAGUUGUGUAGCUAGUUGUAUAAGUAUCAAAGUGCGAUGGCCGCUUGGCGCCCGAGACAUUAGUAAUGCGUUUGCAACUGUUCGCGGUAGUUCUGUAGUGGGCUGUAGUGGGGAGGUUGUUUGUUUGUUAUGAAUGCGUGAGAAGGUUGCUUGAUGGACGUAGCAGUCCAUGUAUGUG